AUGGCGUCAUCGCACCCGCAGCACCAGCACCACCACCACCAGCAGCAGCAGCACCACCAGCAGCAGCACUUCGCCGCCCACUACUACGGCCAAGACGCCCAGUCGAUGCAGGCUUCGCAGCCAGGCAACCGCGCCAACCUCCUCUCGGGACUGCGAACGGGCGGGCCCGAACCCUCUGGAGGCUACCAUCAACAGGUCGACCUGAUGCGCAUCCUGACGCAGGGUGACGGCGCCCAGAUGAAGGCCAACGCGGCCGUCUUCACCCCCAGCUCGGUGCCGUCGCGGCAGCAGAGCCCGCUGCCGGCGCAGCCGCAGGCGGCCAGCUACGCAAGCCAGAGUCACAGCAACGGUCGCUCAACGCCGCGCGAUACCUCGAUGAUGCAGGCCAGCAUCGAGGAGCAGCUGACCGCGAUGCGGCUGCGAGCCGCCCUCGGCGGUCAGGGCGCCGCGUCCUACGGCGGACACGACGGCGUCAACGCCUACUACGCGCACCAAGACCAGCUCCAGCAGCAGAUCCUGCAGCAGCAGCUGGCAGCGCGACAGCAGCUCGAGCUGAUGCGCCUCCAGCAGCAGCAGCAGCAGCUUCAGCAGCAGCAGCAACAGCAGCAGCAGCAGGCGGUGGCGCACCAGCGCUUCCUGCUCGCCCAGAUCCACGCCGAGUACGAGCGUCAGGCUCAGAUGUCGGCCCUCCAGACGUCAUCCCACCACGGCAGUCCGCAGCUCCAAGCCCACCAGCAGCUCUACUCGCAGCAGCAGCAGCAGCAGCAGCAGCAGCAGCAGCAGCAGCAGCAGCAGUACCGAAGCGGCGCCGGUCCCCCGGUGGCCUCGGCCCAGGAGCAGAGGCAGGCGGCUCAGGCCAGCCUUCAGGCGAGCCUGAGGCAGAGGCAGGCUCAGCACGCCUACCUGCAGCAGGCCGGCGACCUCGCUUCUGCUUCUCACGAGCAGCAGCAGGAGCAGCAGCAGACUCUGGACGACCACUUUGCCGCUCUCACCCAGCAGCACGCGCAGGUGCUGGCGCUCAAGCAGCAGCAGCAGCAGCAAUCGGCGGCCAAUGGCGGCCAUGGACGCAACCAGAGCGACGGCUCCGCUCGCGUGCCCCUAGAGCAGCGCAGCUGGCGCGCGAGCGGUGGCGCGUCGAGCGCCGACCGACGCGCCAGCCCGCCUCUGGCGCGCAUCAGCUCGCCACAGGUGGGCCAGGGACGCGAGAGGACCACCUCGGGCACGGCCGAGAGCGUCGCCUCGUGGAGGUCGCGCACCAUGACGCCCACGAUUGUCAUCGACGACAGCGCGUCGGAGGGCUCGCGCUCGGCGGCGCCCUCGUUUGAGGAUGAGGCGGUCGAGGGCGACCAGACGCCCGAGACGAGCGAGGAGGAUCUCGACCUCGCAACCGACCUGGGCAAGAUGCUGCUCGGUGGCGGCAGCGCCCCCGCCCGCGGCGAUGCCCCCUCGUCCACGGCCAAGUACGGCGGCGUGGGCAAGGGCGCCCCCUCGGCCGGGGCUGCAGCUGCGCCCUCGACCCCGACCAUGGCAAGCGCGCCGAGCGUCUACGCGCCCAAGGCCACGCCGCGCGCCAUCAGCCUGUCGGCCGCCCCGCGCCACCGCGCCUUUACCGCCGAGGCCAAGUCGGCCGAGCAGAGGCAGGUCAACAGCAGUGGCGGCGGUAUGCAGUCGGGCCUGACUCUGCCGCCGAUCCAGCCGCGGCGCCAGCCCAAGGGGCAGCCCAUGGAGUUCAAGGAGGUCAACUUCCAAGCGCGACAGAACAGCCGCACGCGCAAGGACGCCAUGUCGAAGCUGUGCGCCAGCCCACGCGCCGCCAGCUUUGGCGGCAACGGACUCAGCUUCGGCGCCAGGGUCGUCAGCGCCCAGCUGUCGUAG